CGGGUCCACGGCCCAAGCAGCAAGCAGUAGUACAACAGCGUAGGAGUACUAGUAGCAGCAUCCGGCGGCCAUUCACGGGUCCACGACGGUGAGUCAUAGAACCGGUCCACCACCCCCGCAGUCGACUCCGGACACGGGAGGCCGCCCGUCCCAUCUCGCCGCCGCCCGAGAAGAUGGCCGAGAAGCCGACAGGGCUCGCCUCCAGGUCGAGGAUCCGAGGCGGGCUCGCCGCCUCCGCGCCCUCUUCGAGGAGGAUGGUCUCGAUGUCGUACACCGCGGCACCGAAUCAGACCAAGAAGGUUCCUGAGCCAAAGGUUGCGAAGCCAACCAGAACCACACCAGUCAAGAGGCGGCAGCAGCUGGAUCAGGCGCAAAAGCAGAGGGAAGAGCUUGCUGCUUUGCAGGAGCAGCUUAGUGGCCUGCAAGGGAAGUUGCUUGAGAAAGAUGGAGCUUUGAGGUCCGCAGAGAGCUUGAUUGGCCGGAUUAGUGCGGCGAAUGCAGCGGUUGACGAAUUGAGAAGCCAGCUUUCUGAUAAGGAAUCACUGGUCGAAUCUACUGGUUCAGAAUUGCAUGGUGCAAAGAUUAUGUUGGCAGAAAAGCAAGCAGCAUUGGAGAAGCUAGAAUGGGAAGUGAAGGUGUCAAGUACAAAGGUUGAAGAACUUCAAGUGGAUGUAGCCUCUAUGGAUGUUGAAAUUUCUGCUCUCAUGAAGGUGUUUAGGAAAAUAACAGAGACCACCAACCGGGCCUCUUAUCCCACAGAGAGAUCCGAUGAUUCAUCAUUGGAAUGCGAACUAGUUCAGCUCGAUGACAUGGAAGGUGAUAUUGACACAGAGAAAAUGGAGCAAGAAAUGUCAGCCUACGUCACAGCUCUAGCCGCCGCGAAAGACAAUCCUACCGAGGAGUUCCUGAAGGCAGUGACCGAGGCAAGAUUGAGACUCCAAGCUUUUGUACUCUAAUUUGGCUGGAAAACACUGGCGGUGCUCCAUGCCCAGAGUAACUCGAUGCUGAGCGGUCACUGUGUUCCGACGGUGAUAUGCAUCCAAGCUGGUAGUUGUCGCUUCUGGGUCUUAUAUCGCAGAGGAUCCAUGUUUGCGUCCUCUCAUUUUGGAUCUGGCCGAUGAUGCCACUGAUCUUGUUGUUGUAACGUUAUAUGAACCGGAGAGUGUAUGACUGGGCCUCUUAGUAGACGCCAACAUGUAGUACACUAGUACCAUUUUAGUGAACAGCUGACGGUUCAACCUGUCUAAACGGCCCAGAGAUGACUGUUCUCUGUCGUCUGAGUAUUUGCAAUCAGGAAUUUGUUACUUUGUGGCA